AUGGGUGCUCAUCGCUGGCGCUGCUUACCACCCCCACCCUCCAUUGGGCCCAGCAGAAUGUCCUUAUCGAAAUCACCUCGGUCUAUAAUAUCCCCGAAAUACUCUCCGUCUGUCUCCGGUUCGCCUGAGAGACACUCUCCGCCUGUUGUAGCCUUUGUUCUGGGCCCUUUUCUCUCUCUCUCUCUCUCACUCUCUCACUCUCUCUCUCUCUCUCUCUCUCUCCUCAUUUUCAAAAUUAUAUUAUUACUCUUGAUUAUAAUAAAAGAAUUACUAUUGCUAUUUAUUUCUGAAAUCGUACUGAACUACUUUUACUUAUAUUGGCUGAACGCAUGGAUUCUUUUAAACCCUUUGUGGCUGUGCUGUGAUUGGUCUAACAACUGUGUGUCCAUUUUGGAAUCUUUCCAAGACUUCCGGUCCUUAAUCAUACUUGUUUUCCUUGUGAUUCUCGCGUUAUUGGCAUUUGCAACCGUAAAAUGCUGGAACACGCCUCGUUCAAGAAAACUCCUGGUUGCCUAUAUUUUUCUUUUCAUCCCAUUUCUUCCGGCCAGUAAUAUAUUCUUUCGCGUCGGUUUUGUCAUUGCCGAAAGAAACCUUUACUUACCGUGCCUUGGAUUUUCCCUCCUCGUUGCUAUUGGUUACUGUGCCUUGUCCAAUCAUUGUACACUACAUUUACAAAGCUUGCGAAAAUUCGCCAUUUUUUUAAUCAUCGUAUUGACAAUUCGUUCGCAUAUGAGAAACAGAGACUGGUUGCACGCUGACACUUUAUUCCGUUCUGGCCUAAAAGUUUGCCCAAAUAAUGCAAAAUCUCGGGCGAACGGGAAGUCAGUCUCGAGCGAACGGGAGGUCAGUCUCGGGCGAACGGGAGGUCAGUCUCGUAUGCAAAUUUUAUUUUCCCCCGACGCUGGCAUAAAUAGCAAGUCUGUGAGGAAGACGGCCAGAACUUUUGUUGGUGUGACGGCGUACGUACGUUACUGGCGAGAACGAGAGAAUAAGGAAGAGGUCACUCGCGACAGCUCAGUUGGUAGAGCAGAGUACGGAAGAAGAAAGCAAGCACUUUAA